AUGAGUAAAUUCUACUUCGGCGGAGCCUCAGGGAGCGUCUCUUCUGACGACGAGGACAAUCUUCCGUACCCUGAAGCUCUCCCUCGAAGUGACUUCCUGGCCCCGGACUUCGAUGCACCGACAUAUCUCUCCACACUUUCAGACCGCCAUCAGACACUCGAGGAUCUACGUUCUGAUCUGAGAGAAAGAUCUCAAGCAUUGUCAAAGGAAUUACUGGAUCUUGUCAACACGAAUUAUGAGCAAUUUCUGAGUCUUGGCUCGGAUCUGAAGGGCGGUGAAGAGAAGGUUGAAGAUGUAAGGGUUGGCUUAUUGGGCUUCAAGAGAGGAGUUGAAGAUGUGAGAGGGAAGGUUAGAGAGAGGAAAGUCGAGGUAGAAGGUCUUUUGACGGAGAAGAAAGCUGUUGCCAAGGAGAUUGCCCUCGGCAGGAAGCUAUUGGAAGUUGAAUCUCGACUGGAAGAACUCGAGGACAGGCUCAUGGUUUCUUCACUGGGCCGAUCCGUCAAUGGAGGAGACGAGCCAUGGUCGGACAGCGAGGAUGAGGAGGACGAAGAAGCGGCCGAGGGAGUUAUUGGAGGGACCAGUGUCAGAAAGCUCCAGACUCUCGUGACUGAUUAUCGACAUGUGGAGCUAUUGACCACUAGCAUUGGGAAAGACCAUCCUUUCAUUGUUGCUCAGGAUUCGCGGAUGCAGCGAGUCAAAAACACCAUUCUGCUUGAUCUCACUGCCGCUUUGAAGUCGGCAGCAUCUAUUGGAGAGUCGGGCAAGACGAGACUUGUCAAGAUAUUGGGCGCUUACAGGGACCUCGGAGCAGAGAAUGAGGCCAUCAAAGUGCUCAAGGAUUUGAAGUCAUGA